ACCAUUUUGCAAUAACCAUAGCCAGUAGAAUUCAAAAUUCAAGCAUUAUAAUAACCAAACUUUGAAGAUUAAAAAAUUCACCUAUCAGAAGCAAUCCAAGCUUCUUCUUCUUCUUCGUCUCCUUCUCCAUUCUUCUGCCAACUGUUUAAUUCACACUCUCUGUCUCUCUAAUGGGUAAUUUGCCCAUUCACCUUGAGAUCUUCACUCCACUGGACAUAACGUACCUCUCACUUUCUAGCCCUCUGAUCCUCUCUUCUAUUCUCCGCACAUAAAUCAUACACUUCGUCUCUUUAUAGCUGUAAAUUCCUCUCACUGGGUUUCUGCUUAAGGCCACUGAGCUCGCCAAGGUGAAUUUAUGGAGCCUCAUCCAUACACAUACUGCUGCGAUAAACUUCAAAUACCACAGCUUUUUUCGCAAUCUGAUCUAUCUCUUUACAAGCUCUGAAUUUCCAAGCUCUCUCUCUCUCUCUCUCUCUCUCUCUCUCUCUGUGUUUACCGACUCAAAACCCUUCAGCUACGUUAUAGCUUUCUUCACUGACUGGCCUCUUACAACUUUCAAUGGCAUCGACGGCUCCCUCCGAUGAUCAGAAGCUGAGAAAACCAAUUACGAUUCAACGGAUGCCGUUCAUGCUUAAAGAUUACCUCAGGGAUGAUCUCCUCAACUCCUGUUCGUCCAGCGGUUUCAAAUCGUUUCCACGCCGACAAUGCUGCAUCACCGUCCGUUUCCUCCUGGGGGUCGAUUUCAAAGAGAACAAGAAACAACGACUUCUCCGUCGAAACCGUUCUAAGGUGGCCGCUUCCACCACAAUGUCCGCCCUGCAAAGAGCUUCGAAGGCAGUGAUCAGCGCCUUUAAGAAGCAACUUCCGCUUCAGUUCCUUAAGUCUCCGUCCCCGUCCCCUUCCCCGCCCGUACAAAACAUUGGUAGAAAAGAAACAGUGCCCAUACGCCUCUGGCGGAAGCUCUUCUUCAGACAGAGCUUCCGGAGGAAAGUCAUGGACAAGGGAGAGGGCAGUACCAGACGGUGGAGAUUGUUUCGUGAGAUGCACAACGAAAAAGAUAAAAAAUCCGAUCAGGACACGCAUGAUUCAUCCACCACUAGAGUCGGACGGAGGGUUCAGUCCAGCGGUAACAAGUGGGCCGAAACUCGGAGCGAAUUCACUAGUUCGGAAACCAGACGGUCUUCCAGCGGCAAAUCCGAGAGUUCAAGCGAAAACGACGUCGUGGAUGGUAAAUCCGAUUUUCUUGAGAAUAAGGACAGCAAUAACGUCUGCGAAACAGUCGGUGAGUAUUCUAUCUCAGGAGCGACGGCCACCACUUACUCCGGAGAUAACGCGAAGGAGUGGCCCAACGAAGAGAAGGAACAAUUCAGUCCAGUGUCCGUUCUGGAGUUUCCAUUUGAAGUUGACGAACACACCGUUGAUGUAUAUCCUGCCUGUAUAGAAGGGUCGAUGCAAAUUAAGCUUAUGCACAAAAUCCGACGGUUCGAGUGUCUCGUUCAAACAGAACCAGUGAACUUAGAAAAACGUAUUGCGCUUUCUGAGCCGAACCAUGAAGCUCCUUAUAAAUCACUAGAGCAACCUUGCUCAUUGCCCACCCUGCAGGACAACGACAUGUUGGAAGACCACAAGGAAGAUCAUGAGCAAACAGAAGAAAACGCUGAAGAUCAAUUAUUUCACCUCAUCGACACAAAGCGCUCCCCAAAUGGUGUUAUAAUCAAGGCAGAUCACGAUCCGUUGUUGGAUUUCUUUAGGGAGAGAAGUGAAGAAAACCAUGGAAGCUGUGCGAGCACAAGAAGAUCAGGGAAAUGUAAUGAAUUUGAGCAUGAGUACUACUUAUUGUCGAAGGUGGCUGCAGAAGAUUGGCUGAUCAGUGGGAACCGACGAGAAAUGGUAUUGGGAUGGGAGGUGAAAGAUGGGAGAAAAGUGUAUCUCAGGGACAUGGAGAAGGGUUGGAAGUGGAGGACAUUGGUUGAAGAAAAAGAAGUUGCAUUGGACACUGAGGUUGAGGUUUGGACUUGCUUGCUUAACGAGCUAGUACUCGACCUCUUUUCCUCGUAAAUAAAUGCUUUCGGAUCACUUCUCUCAGUGUUAUUUUGAUCCCGUGGAGAAAAACGGUGAACAUUUCCAUAUCAAUAGGGUAUAAAGAAAGA